AUGCCUGCUGACAACAAAAGAAAACGACAAUUCCACUCGAGAACUCAUGCCAACCAAGUAUUGGAAGGUAUUGAUCUCAACGGGAAAAUCUAUGCAAUCACUGGAACAACUUCUGGAAUUGGAGUUGAAACUGCGAGAGCCUUGAUAUUAAAAGGAGCUCAUAUUGUGAUGAUUAAUAGAAAUCUUAAAGAAUCUGAAAAGUUGAAAGAGAAGUUUUUAUUGGAAAAACCGGAUACUCAAAUAGAUAUCGUAGAGUGUGAUUUGAAUUCACUGGCGUCUGUUCAAAGUGCGGCUGAAAAGUAUUUGGAGAGAAAAUGGAAACUUCAUGGAUUGAUACUGAAUGCGGGAGUAUUUGGGCCAAUGGCUAAAACAACUUCGGAUGGAUUUGAAGCUCAUUUUGGGAUAAACCACUUGGCGCAUUUUAUUCUCAUCAAAGAAUUGCUUCCAGUUCUCCGUGAAUCUUCUCCAUCAAGAAUUGUGAUUGUCACUUCUAUGUUGAGUAAACACACAUGUGUCAAACCGAGUCAAAGCCUGGAAAAGAAAUUGGAAACUCUGUGUCCAAUGGAUGCUUCUGAAUGGUAUUUCCGAUUGUAUGCCAAAUCAAAAAUGUGCAAUAUGCUGACUGCAUUCAAACUUCAUCGUGAUGAAUUCAAAAAUGGAAUCAGUGUUUAUUCAAUUCACCCAGGGUCCGGAGUUCGGACUGAUCUUCACAGAGACUUCGGUCUCUGGAGUAUCACAAACUUCCUCUCGAUUCCAUUCACAAAAGAUGCAAGUCAAGGAGCAGCUACGAGUGUUUACUGUGCAACUCAUCCAGAAGUCGAGAAUGUUUCAGGAAAAUAUUGGGAAUCUUGUUGGGAUGAUGAGAAGAAUUUGGAUAAGCCAGUGGCAAGAGACGAGGAACUUCAAGAAGAGUUGUGGAAACAUUCUGAAGAAUUAAUUGAGAAAUCGGUGGGAGCAACCAACAAAAACUCUGAUAACAACAUGGAAAAUGUCCGUUUAUGA